AUGGAGACAUUACCAAGAGGAUUUUUUAAAUGGAUUGUCCCAACAUUGAAAUGUAGCAUUAAUACUUAUUUAUCCUUAGGGUUGGAUGCAUAUUUCUUUAUUAGAUUCAUUAGUGUAUUACUGCUAUUUUUCCUAUUUAUUGGAACCCUCAAUAUGGUUAUACUUAUACCAAUAAACUACACUGGUAGUAGCACAGAAUAUACAGCAUUUGGAUUGGACAAACUUAGUUUAUCAAAUAUUGCAACCACUAAUGUGGCAAGGUUAAAUGCCCAUUUUUUAAUGGGACUAAUAACAAUAGGGUUCUUCCAUUGGUUGAUUAUUUAUGAAUUCCAAAGUUAUGUGAUUAUACGACAGUCAUACUUGUUGUCACAACCACAUAAAGAUUCUGUAAUGGCUAAAACGUUACUAAUUUCAAAUGUCCCAUCAUAUUUGCAAAACCAUGAAGUAUUGAAAACCAUUUUCCAAGUAGUACCAGGUGGGAUUAAAGAUAUUUGGGAUAUAAAUGAGUUUGAAGUAAUUGACCACCAAGUAGAAAUAGCCCAAGAUGCUUUGCAUUAUUUGGAAAAAUCUCAAGUAUUAGGACUAAAAAAAUAUUAUCGUAAAAAAUCACAAUGGUGUGGACCCCCAGUGGGUGAUUCAAUAGAAGAAAUUAAAGAAUUUAUUGAAACCCAUGAAACAUAUUUUUACCCUCCAUUAUAUCUGGGACCAAUUAGGAUCCCUCAAAUUGAACGAACAAUUCGUAUCACCCUACCAGGAUGGUUACGAGUAUUUUGCUUUCAAAAACCAAUCCCCAUGUAUGAGUGGUCUCUCCAAACCCUUUCUGAAUGCAACCAAAAAAUUGACGAAGAAAAACUUAAGCUCACUGAAGGUCAACUCGCCAAACACAGUAAAAUAUUUAUUGAAUUCACAUCUCAAGAAGGAUCCUAUAUUGCCCAUCAAUGUCUUUUAUCCCAAUCACAAGGUUUCCUUGACAAAACAACCAUUGAAAUAAAUCCAAAUGAUAUAAUAUGGAGAAAUGUUUGUCGUAAUGAUGGCAUCGCUUGCAAAUUUGAAAAAUAUUUGGUUACAAUUGUUUUUAUCAGUAUUAUAAUUCUCUAUGUUAUCCCAGUGUCAUUGAUUGGGUUGGUAUCACAAAUACCAUUGCUAACUCAAUUAUUACCGUUUUUGGAAUGGAUAUAUCAAUUCCCGGAAGAGGCAAGAGAAACAAUUUCUGGGUUCUUACCUUCAAUAUUACUCGGCGUCUUGACUGAGAUGGUGAUGAUCAUUUUCAGAUUUCUAACAUAUUUCAAAGGAAGAACAACUGGUUGUGAAGUUGAAAUUGACUUGCAAAAAUGGUACUUUGCAUUUUUGUUUGUACAACAAUUUUUAGUUGUCACCAUUCUGUCAAGUGUCACAGUAAUAUUAAAACAAAUAAUUGAUCAACCAACUUCCAUUCCAGUAUUGCUUGCCACCAAUCUCCCCAAAUCAGCCACAUUUUUCUUUCAAUAUAUAUCCCUCCGAGCAUUUGCAUUCUGUGGUAAUAACUUCUUAAGAAUCAGUCCAUUAAUCCAGACAUUAAUAGUUCACAAAUUCAUCGACAUUACUCCACGACAAAAGUUCAAUCGUAUCACCAAUUUACCUAAAAUAAAAUGGGGCACAACAUUUGCCGUGUAUUCAAUCUAUGCUUGCAUUGGAAUUUCAUAUUCAAUAAUUUCUCCACUAAUUUCAAUAUUCAUCAUUUUCUUUCUAAACUUGUCAAUCUUGUAUUACAAGUAUGCACUCAAAUAUGUAUACAAUCAUAUCAACGAAUCAGAAACAACCGGAAGACUAUACCCCACAGCAUUGCUUCAUCUUUAUACCGGUGUUUAUUGUCUUGAAUGCUGUUUAAUUGGUGUUUUCUUCCUUCUGAAAAACGAUAAAGGUGGAUACCCCAUGAGAGUGCAAGGUUGGAUCAUGACAGGAAUAUUGAUCUUGACAAUUUUUGCCAAUACAAUUAUUUACAAUCGGUAUACCCCUCAUUUUUCCAAUUUGCCAAUUCUAUCAGAUAAAGCAUUCAAAGAUGGAAUAAAACCAAUAUCAGAAAGCAAUAGUCCCAGCACUGACGAUACAUAUUAUCUGAAUCACAAAUUGUUGUAUCUCCAUCCAGCAUUCAAAUAUGAAAGCCCCAAAAUAUGGUUACCAAAAGACCCCCACGGAUAUACAGAUUUGCUACUACAAAAAAUGUUGACCAGGUCUCAAUUUGAAGGCGAAAACGAUGGUGCGCAAGUCCAACUUGGUAAAUUUUUCAGCUCCUUAAAACUAGUAAUAUCCGAGGCUCCGCCUGAUUACAAAUGA